UGUAAAAAGCCCCAAUAGUGGCCAGCAAAGUGUUUGUGGUGUAUAGAUAGGUCUAUAAUAGAAGAUGGUGUAGCUCUAUUAGGGAUUCCGCGUGAACUUGGGAUUUUGUUUGGACGAGGGAUAAAAGGAAUCAGUCGACUUUGGGAUUAAGAUCCUUUGAUGUUUCAUUAUUCGGAGCCUGGUGUAUGUGAGUAGUGCACUAUUCUUCAGUGGAUGUCCUGUGAGGUUUUUACAGAUAGAGAGUGAGGGUUUUAGACUGCAGAGAGCUAGGGACACCUGUGUGUGGAGUAGGUUACUGAACCAGUCCUGAUAUAAAUGACUCUGGACAUUACUGCUCAAUUGUGAUUAUAGUGAGACCAUCAUGGACGAAGAGACACUCCCCUCCCCACCGUCCCCUCACCAACCCGCCGGGGCGCCGUUAAUCCGACAGCAGUCUUCGCCGGUAACGACUACCUUCGAUACCUACCCGACAGAGAGCAAUAUGGAGACGCAACGACCACAUACGCAUCACCAACAGCUGACGCAGCAACAGCAGCAUCCGGUGUACAUUCCAGAGGACGUCGUCCUGCCACCGGAAUUCGAACUCCGCGAAUCUUGUAUCGUUGAAGCGGGACUAGGUGUGUUUUCAUUGGUUGAUAUACCCGUCGGAGAGCGGUUUGGACCAUUUGCAGGAGUCGAGAGACUUGCCGUUAAAGAUACACAGUGCGCCUGGGAGGUAAGUUCGAAUUCCUUCUCUGUUUUUUGGUUGUCGGAAGAUGUUGCAAGUCGAGCUUUUUUGUUGAACUGUGUCGUCAGAAAGUAUUUGGAAAGUACAUGGUUGUGAAAGAAUCUGCAAGUUGUAUCGCUCAAUUUUUCAUACAAAGUUUUAGAUUUGUUUUUUUUUUGAACAAAUUUGACUGUCCAUGUUAU